AUGUUGUACUCCCGCCCGUCGUUCGUGCCGCACAGCGCGAAGAUCAUCGUCGGCAUUCCCCCGAAACGUAGGUCUGCAGCUCAUAAGCACCGGAGGGCGCUGUCGCUGACCGUUUUGUGGUACCCAGACGUUCUGAACCGCUUCUACCCCGCCUGGCGCUCCUCCGCCGAGGCGGGGACAGGUGUUGGGAUCGAUCCCGACCCGAGGCGGCAGAUGGAGCAUGCCAGACACCUCGCGAAGCACGUUUUUCCCGGGGAGUACGGGUUGCGCAGCGCAUUCUGUACGGGGCCGCUGGGCAAGCACGCGUCGUCCCGGACGCCAGACGGCGCGCACAGGGAACAGGAGAUCAAGAACAAGGGGCCGUGCAAGACCCCGAAGCGGCUGAAACAUGUCCUGGACCCCUUGGAGAAGAUGGUAUGGAGGCACCGUAAAUGCAAGUACAAGAUGCUCCUCGACAUGGCUUGCCCGUCCAAGGUACGCCGGGCCUGCCGCCCAUAA